AUGACCACAACAGUUGUUCCAACAACCAUCACAGUUGUUCCAACAACCAUCACAGUUGCUCCAACGACCACAAUAGUAGCCCCAGUGACCACAACAGUUCAUUCAACAACUACCAUAGUUGCUCCAACUACCACAACUGCAACUCCAACAAUCACAAAGGUUGCUCAAACAACCACAACUGUUGCUCCAACUACCACAACUGUUGCUCCAACGACCACAACUGCUGCUCAAAAAACCACAACUGUUGGUCCAAAAACCACAGCUGUUGCUCAAACGACCACCACUGUUACUCCAACAACCACAACAGUUCCGUUAAAAACUACCACAUUUGCUCCAACUACCACAACUGUAACUCCAACAACCACAACAGUUGCUCAAACAACCACAACUGUUGCUCCAACUAUCAGAACUGUUGCUCCAACGACCAGAACUGCUGCUCCAACAAGCCCAACUGCUGCUCCAACGACCACAACUAUUCAUCCAAAAACUAAAACAGUUGCUCCAACAACAAUUCUUACUCCAACUACCACAACAUUUCCUUCAACAACCACAACAGUUGCUCAAAUAACCACAACUGUUGGUCCAAAAACCACAGAAGUUACUCAAACAACCACAACUGUUGGUCCAACUACCACAACUGUUGCUCCAACAACAACAACUGUUGCUGCCAUCACCACAACAGUUGCUCCAACUACCACAACGGUUUCUCCAAGCACCACCACAGUUGGUCCAAUGACCACAACAGUUGUUCCAACAACCAUCACAGUUGCUCCAACGACCACAACUGCAACUCCAACAACCACAACAGUUGCUCAAACAACCACAACUGUUGCUCCAACUACCACAAAUGUUGCACCAACGACUACAAAUGCUGCUCAAAUAACCACAACUGUUGGUCCAAAAACCACAGCUGCUGCUCAAACGACCACCACUGUUGCUCCAACACCCACAACUGUUGCUCCAACGACCCGAACUGCUGCUCCAACAACCACAACAGUUGCUCAAACAACCACAACAGUUCCUUCAAAAACUACCACAGUUGCUCCAACUACCACAACUGUAACUCCAACAAUCACAACAGUUGCUCAAACAACCACAACUGUUGCUCCAACUAUCACAAAUGUUGCUCCAACGACCAGAACUGCUGCUCCAACGAGCCCAACUGCUGCUCCAACGACCACAACUGUUGCUCCAACAACCAAAACUGUUGCUCCAACGACAACAACUAUUCCUCCAACAACUAAAAAAGUUGCUCCAACUACCACAACUGUUACUCCAACAACCACAAGAGUUGCUCAAACAACCAAAACUGUUGGUCCAACUACCACAACUUUUCCUCCAACAACCAAGACUACUGCUCAAACAACAACAACUGUUGCUGCCAACACCACAACAGUUGCUCCAACUACCACAACAGUUGCUCCAACAACCACCAUAGUUGCUCAAAUAACAACAACUCUUGGUCCAAAGACCACAACUGUUGCUCCAACUACCACAACAGUUCCUCCAAAAACCGCAACAGUGGCUCAAAUAACCACAACUGUUGGUCCAAAGAUCACAGCUGCUGCUCAAAUGACCACAACUGCUGCUCAAAUGACCACAACUGUUGCUCCAACCACUAUAACUGUUGCUCCAACGACCAAAACAGUUCUUCUAACAACUGCCACAAUUGCUCCAACUACCACAGCUGUUGCUCAAACGACCAUCACUGCUGCUCCAACAACCACAACAGUUCCUUCAACAACUACCACAGUUGCUCCAACUACCACAACUGUAACUCCAACAACCACAACAGUUGCUCAAACAACCACAACUGUUGGUCCAACAACCACAAUUGUUGCUCCAAAGACCACAACAGUUGGUCCAAAAAGCACACUAGUUGCUCCAACCAGCACAACAGUUCCUUCAACAACCAGAAGUAUUGCUCAAAGAACCACAAUUGUUUUUCAAACAAGCACAUCUGUUGCUCCAACGACCACAACUGUUGCUCCAAUGACAACAACUGUUGCAACAACCACAAUAGUUGCUCCAACCAGCACAACAGUUGCACCAACCAGCACAACAGUUGCUCCAACCAGCCCAACAGUUCCUCCAACAAAUAAAACUGUAUCUCCAAUGACCACAAGUGUUGCUCCAACGUCCACAACAGUUCCUCUAACAACUAGAGUUGUUCCAUUGACCACAAUUGUGGCUCCAAUUACCACCAUUAAUGCUCAAACAACCACAACUGUUGCUCAAACAACCAAAACUAAUGCUCCAAAAACCACAACUGAUGCCCCAACAAUCACAACCAAUGCUCCAGCAACAACUACUACAGUUGCUUUAACAAACACAACACAAACUCCAAAAAUCACAACUUCUGAUCUGGCAAGCACAACUGUCUCUGCAACAGGACUGAGUACUACAACAACUCCAUUGACAACAAAUAGCUUCUCUGUGACAUCAUUCCAGCCAAUACCUGGUUCAGCAGAGGUGACAAGCAAACUGGUGUUCAACUCCUCAUCUCCAGUCCCCAGUGAAGCUUUGGUGCUCAGUGCUAUCAACAUUCUUCUUGAAUCCAGAGUUUCACAACUGAAAGAAACAGUCAAGCUGAUGAAUGUCAGCUAUGAGAAAAUCUCAGACACCUCAUAUGCAGUCUUCUUCACAUUUACCUUGAGUAACAUCAGCAUGCCAGAAGACCCAGAGCUUAGAAACAACACUUACAAGCAAGUUCAGGACAUGAUCAAUGAUGCGCUGAACACCCUUCUCAAUGAUCCAAGCAGUGUGAAGUUUGAACCCAACUCCUCCAACUUCACGAGCACACCAGACCAAAUACAUGGGAAAAUGGAUUACAUCUUUCAAGAGGGAAAUAAGAUACAACCUGUCAGCUUCCUAAAUGAGCUCAAUAAACUGAUGGGAGUGAGUUCUACAAUGUCUCCACUUACAACAAGUAGCUUUCCUGUGACGUCCUUCCAGCAAAUAUUUGGUUCAGCAGAGGUGACAAGCAAACUGGUGUUCAACUCCUCAUCUACAGUUCCCAGUGAAACUUUGGUGCUCAGUGCUAUCAACAUUCUCCUGGAAUCCAGAGUUUCACAACUGAAAGAAACAGUCAAGCUGAUGAAUGUCAGCUAUGAAAAAAUCUCGGACACCUUCUAUGCAGUCUUCUUUACAUUUACCUUGAGUAACAUUAGCAUGCCAGAAGACUCAGAGCUUAAAAACAACACUUACAAGCAAGUUCAGGACAUGAUCAAUGAUGCGCUGAACACCCUUCUCAAUGAUCCAAGCAGUGUGAAGUUUGAACCCAACUCUUCCAACUUCACAAGCAUAUCAGACCAAAUCCAUGGCAAUAUGGAUUAUACCUUCCAAGAUGGAGCUGAGAUACAACCUGUCAGUUAUCUAAAUGAGCUUCGUAAACUGAUGGGUAUAAGUUCUACAAUGUCUCCACUUACAACAAGUAGCUUCCCUGUGACGUCCUUCCAGCAAAUAUAUGGUUCAGCAGAGGUGACAAGCAAACUGGUGUUCAACUCCUCAUCUCCAGUCCCAAGUGAAGCUUUGGUGCUCAGUGCUAUCAACAUUCUCCUGGAAUCCAGAGUUUCACAACUGAAAGAAACAGUCAAGCUGAUGAAUGUCAGCUAUGAAAAAAUCUCAGACACCUCCUAUGCAGUCUUCUUUACAUUUACCUUGAGUAACAUAAGCAUGCCAGAAGACCCAGAGCUUAAAAACAACACUUUCAAGCAAGUGCAGGACAUGAUCAACAAUGUGCUGAACACUCUUCUGAAUGAUCCAAGCAGUAAGAAGUUUGAACCCAGCUCAUCCAACUUCACGAGCACAUUAGACCAAAUUCAUGGCAAUAUGGAUUAUACCUUCCAAGAUGGAGCUGAGAUACAACCUGUCAGUUUCCUAAAUGAGCUUCGUAAACUGAUGGGACUGAGUACUACAACAACUCCAUUGACAACAAAUAGCUUCUCUGUGACAUCAUUCCAGCCAAUACCUGGUUCAGCAGAGGUGACAAGCAAACUGGUGUUCAACUCCUCAUCUCCAGUCCCCAGUGAAGCUUUGGUGCUCAGUGCUAUCAACAUUCUUCUUGAAUCCAGAGUUUCACAACUGAAAGAAACAGUCAAGCUGAUGAAUGUCGGCUAUGAGAAAAUCUCAGACACCUCAUAUGCAGUCUUCUUCACAUUUACCUUGAGUAACAUCAGCAUGCCAGAAGACCCAGAGCUUAGAAACAACACUUACAAGCAAGUUCAGGACAUGAUCAAUGAUGCGGUAAGCAUUCAGAAAAAUGUCAGGUAA